AUGUUCAACGUCGAAGGUCUAUCCGAUACUUCUAUCAUCUUCCUAGUGUUGCCUAAGGAUCCGCGCGAUUCUUCAGAGCGAUACGAUCCACCGACCGACUACAUACACUGUGGUCGUUCGUUUGGAAGAUUCUUCUUCAGUCACCGGAACAGCUACCUCCAACCACCAUCCGCCGUCGUUGAUUAUGCGAAAGUAACGGAGUGGCUCCUUUUCUGCGAAAAUCACCAUUCGAAGCUGUGUAGAACUCCAACGCUUCCGCAACUACCCUCAUUCCAGGUUAUCGACUGUCAAUCCCGAACAGUCGUCCCUUGGAUUUAUGAGGAUGCAGGAAAUGUCUUUCUGACACUGAGCUAUGUCUGGGGUACGGCAAAUGUUGAUUCUCUGAGCGCAGACGGAGCUCUCCCGACCCUUCUCCCCGCUGUCAUUGAGGACUCUAUUUCUGUCACUCUACGUCUGGGAUAUCGAUAUCUGUGGGUCGACAGAUACUGCAUUCCACAGACCGACGAGGCUGCAAAGGCCGUUCAAAUUGGGAACAUGAACAUGAUCUUUAAGCACUCUGAGCUAACGCUCAUUGCUGCGUCUGGCAAAGACCCUUCAUAUGGAUUACCAGGAGUGAACGGGAACCCUCGAAGGACCUAUCCCUCGGUUACGGUCGAGGAUCAAACGUUUUACCCGUUUCUCUCCAAUGCCGCACACGAGAUCACUCAUUCAUUGUGGAAUACCAGAGGUUGGACCUACCAAGAAGCGCUUCUUUCACGCCGGUGUUUGAUGUUCACGGACAGCCAGGUGUUUUUUCAGUGUCGAGGGAUGCACUGCCAAGAGAGCAUCUCUAUCCCCUUGGACAUUUUGCACCGUCCUGAAAAGCAAAAGGUGCGGGGAUCUAUAUUAACAGUUCCGAAAACGUUUGCAUCCGAUGAUCCAGGCACUCAACCAACUCCGUUCGAAAACGUUGUGAACGACUACGCCCGGAGAAGCUUGACUUAUGAAACAGAUGCCCUAAAUGCAUUUCAGGGGGUUCUACGGGCACUUGCUAUGCCUACGGGAAGUGGUCCCAAACCUGUGCAUAAUUUCUUUGGCAUC